AUGGGUGAAGCUGCUAUUGCCAACUAUAAAUUUACCCAACAACCUUCUCAUUCUACACUUCCAAUUGCUCUUUCGUUUGGCAUUGGCGUCUACUCAGCACUGAUGCUUAGUGGACCAAUUACUGGUGCACAUAUCAAUCCAGCUUUGAGUAUAUCAUUAAUGACUGUUCGCAAACUGAAACCAUUACAAUGUUUCUUCUAUGUUAUUGGUCAGAUAUUGGGUGCAUUUUUAGGAGCUGCCCUUGUCUAUGUUGUCUACCUGAAGCAAUUCGAUGAAUUCGAUGGUGGUAUACGAGAAAUGACUGGUCCCAAUGGUACAGCUGAUAUUUUCUUUACGAUGCCUGCCAAAGGUACACCACAGUGGAAUGCGUUAGUCGAUCAGAUUGUUGGUACCGCUAUUCUGAUGAUCUUUGUCAUGGCAGUUACGCAUGAAUUGAAUCAGAUGAUGUCAAAAGCAGUUGAACCGCUUGCAUUUGCGCUGAUCGUUACAGGCAUUAUUUCAGCAUUUUCAAUUAACGCUGGAGCUGCAAUUAAUCCUGCUCGUGAUUUGGGUCCACGUCUUUUUGGAGCAUUUGUCUAUGGUUGGAAUAAUGUAUUUGGUGUACAUAACUAUUUCUUUUGGGUACCGAUCGUCGGUCCAAUUGUCGGAGCCAUUGUUGGUGUGUGGCUUCACCAAGGUUUUAUUUGGAUCGUGAAGCACUACGGUCAUCUUUCCAAUAUUGAAGAGAGUAGUGCCAAUAAAAAGAUCGAUUCCAAAGCGAUACAGAUAAAAGAGAAUGAUUCAUUAGAUGUUGACACAAAUUCACAACUGUGA